AAGAUAAUGAUUAGAUAAGCUAUGGAAAACGUUGCUUAAUAUAAAAUAACGAACAUAAAAAAGCUGCAGAGAAUUGAUUAACAUUUGGUAGCUUCCAUGUACUGAUAAGUAGCUUAUCGCGGCCAUCAGAUAACUGAUAUAUAUUUACAGUUCCCGUAUACUCGAUUGUUCAGUACUUGCUACCUUUAGCGAGCCUCACCUCUCUCGCGAGUCUCAGGCAUAAAUUGGAUUAAGAAAAACAUUUAUACUGUGAUUCUAAUAGUCUGAGAAGCAGCAACUGACGGUUUGAUAUUGGCAUCAGAGGUAAAAUACUGCAAUUAGCUGAUAUAUUUUCAAGACCUAUUUUGGUGAGUUGGUGCAUAAAGGUUCACCUGUUCGGAGUGACUAAUAUGUCAGCUCGCAUUCGCCUUAGCACCGUUAGAUAUGGCAAAAGCUGCUGUUAAGUUGUGAAUUCUCUGGUGCUAAGAUUUUCUAUUGGUUGGACGAAACAUUAAUAAUGCUAGCUCUCUAGGAAGCUUAAACUAUUGUAUUCAGAACGUUGACCAUGAGUGAUGACUACAUCCUUUUUUGUGAAAAAAAAAGAGUAGACUAAAUCAUUAUUUAAACUAAUUGUUUCAAAAAUAAGCUGGAAAAUUCUUCAUGCAUAACACAGUUGCGUCAUAACUCAGUCAGCCAUCUUCUAAUCAUCGCCACAGUGAGGGUUUCAAAUGCAUUGGGUAAACACGAACCAAUUAUAGAGAGGCGGCUACGGGAAUUCUCAACCUUCGCCAUGGGAUUUCGCAAGAAGCUUCGGGCAUUUUUCAGAAUAACCCAGAAGCGAAGAGCACUGGAGUAUAAAGCGAGAUCAUCGGAGCCAAACAAGCAGAUUGGGCCUAAGAGUGAGCAGAGUAAGAGUGAGCAGAGUAAGAGUAAGAAGAGUCAGAGUGAGAAGAGUCAGAGUGAGAAGAGUGACGCAAGUCCUGCUAACGUCGUUGGAGAGAAACCCGGACAAGUAGGCAUGGACGAGUGGCUUGCCGUCCGCCAGGAAGGAGGAGGAGAAGUGAAGGCCAAAACAGAGAGGGUUUACAUGCAGCAGCCGCUCGAAUGCGAUGGCCAGGCAGCGGCUACGGAAUCCGUCGCCGCUGCCACGCCACCGACGUACGCAGAGAGCUUGGCGUCGGGCGAGUCGUCUCCGACACAGUCCUGCACCGACCUUCCUGAGGCCACCUCGCCUACGGAGUCUAACCAUGUUAAAUUUUGUAAUGACACGUGUCUGACCCAUUUGGGAACGCACGACCGGCAGCGAAGGAGGAGAGCUUGCAGGCAAAGAAAGGAGUCCUUAUCUGGCAUAAAAGUGAAAUACACAAAGGUAUACGGCGAGAACGAUGGAGCCUACAAGAACGACUCCACGCCGCGCGGCCUCGUGUUUAUGUGCAAUUUCUCUCAAUUUAUGAAUGACCGAUACGGCCAGCGGAAGGGGUCGGAGAUGGAUUACUAUUCAAUGCUGGAUCUGUUCCAGCAACUUGGCUACGGAGGCGGGCGCCGGGACGAGAAGUAUUGCAUGACAGGCCACAUUACGAAGAACAGGUUCAUGGAGAGACUGAAAGACUUCAGCGUUGACACGAGGCACAAGAUGUUGUGUUCGAGCGUGAUCAUCAUCAUGAGCCACGGACUGGGACCCAAGACCUUCGUCACUUCAGACGAUAAACAAGUCGACCUCAUGGAGAUCUACACGAUGUUCAACAACAUCAACUGCGAGAUACUCCGCGGGAAGCCAAAGAUCUUCAUCCUGCAGUUCUGUAGAAAUAAUUCGUACAUGCCAUCCUCUCGAUUCAGGAACAAGCCCCUUGACUUGCCUUUCACUGAGAGCCUGAGACAGAUAGUGCGGGAGGAAAUUAAUAAGAUCCUGGCGGAGCAAACCGAGGACAAAGCUGAGGCGCCUCCGAGUCCAGGCAUUAGCGAGGACCAGAGGCGAUAUUCGGAGCCUGCUCUUAUGGAAUCCGAACGACAGGUGCGGAAUAUGUGGUACGAGGCCGACACUCGACUGAUAGCACCACAACCGGCGUUCGAGGGUGUUCAGAAGUACUCCGACAUGUACUCCAUCUUCUCGACAGCCUCGGGCGAGUUAUCCUACCGAGACCCACACAAGGGCUCGCUCCUGAUCCAGGCCAUUUGCCACGUGUUCGCGGAGAACGCCUACCAGGACGAUAUCGACACCCUCGUCAGGAAGGUGUCGACCUACAUGACCAAGACGCUGCAAAAGGACGAUCCGAUCACCGUGCCUCGGGUGACCUGCGAGAGAACGAACAACGGUCUUGACAAGAAGUUCUAUUUCAACCCCGAGGAAGUGCAUCGCUGCAGGCACGUGACCAUUUAAUCGAACGCCGCUACGGAUGGCGUAUAGUUCAUCGUCUACAAUAUGUACCCGAGGCUGAGACGACUGUAUGUCAUUGUCUACCUGUAACACGUAACUUUGGCUCAUACACUUAAGUUAACAUAUGUUCCGAUGUUUCUCUAAUGGUGUAUUUAUGAAUUUAUAGAAAUAUUCUAGAUAUAUAUCUUAUUUUGACUUUGUUUAUGAUUUGGUGAUAAGACUAUAGUAACAAAUGGCUUAAUACAAGACUAAUAUCAACAGUUCGAUGCCAAACUAAAAUCUCAAACGUGAUCACCAAGAGAAUACAGUACAAACAAAAUGAUAUUCUCUCUCCCCUUUUACUAACGUGCUUGCUAAAACGUAUCAACCAUUCCCCUGUUGUUUGUAUAUAAUCAAACUAGGUUUCUCUCCCGACGCCACCUGUUCUAUGUAGGUUUCAGUUACGUCACUCAGUUUCCGGUGUGACUUGAUUCUCCUCGGCUAACUUGUGUCAUCUGAUCAACCAGAAGCACCGAUUUACCUUGGGCUCUUCGCGUUGAGAUGUUCUAUGGCAGUGAUUCCCGAACUCUUUCUUUAACCUCAAAGACAUCUGCAACCCAACCUCGUUCCCCCUGCUGUGUGUGUGUUUUUUUUGUUUUGUUUUUUUAGGCUAAGGAAAAGAAAACAUUCACCAAUUCGUACAAACUUUAUUUAUUUCAUGUAACACAAUAUUCCUUAGAGCCAUGAUUUCAUAAUAUAGUCUUCAUAUGGAUACUGAACUUGACCGGUGCCCCCCCCCCCCCCCUCCUCUAGGUUUGCGAUUUACCUGUUGGAAUUUUGUAAUGAUACGAUACGAGAUUUACAAUGUGUUUUUUUGUUUUUUUAUUAUAUUAAUUCAAAUCAUAUUCAUAAAGAUGACUGGUAUGGACGCGUAAAUAAUGACCGCCAUUCUUAUCAUUAUCUGAAUUAUUGUCAUUAAUUUUGCCGGUGUCAAUGUUAAAUCCGCCACUACUGUCAUUACAUUAUAAACACUGUAAGCUUUAACAUUAAAAUAACUUUUUA